AUGGUGAAAUUCGCAGAUGAUCAAACGGAACAACCUCCACCCAAAAAGGAAACAUGGGAGGAAUUCAAUGCGAAAAUGAACCGUAUUCAAAUGGCCCUCGCAAAACGUGAAGCCAUCGCGGAAAACAUCCUAGCAAAAUACCCUACCGACAGACGCCGUAAGACGCAAGAAGAAAUUGACGCUGAGGAUGCCUUAUGGUUCCCUACGUCAGCUGGCAAUCAACCACUCAAUAUCGAUCCAGCAUUUGCGAAAUUCUUAAAGCCUGCAGCAGAACGUAGUCAGAAAACACUUCGCGACAAAAUGCUCCCUUCGAAAGAGUUGAGAGCUAGUAAAGCGAGAGAUGCUGAGGAGAAGGCCGCGAGUGCGAAGAGGGCUAUGGCGGGUGCUAGUAGUGAUGAGGAUGAAGGUCGAACUGCCUUGGGAAAAGCAAAGAAAUUAAAAACGAGACACAGUAGGGCAAAUGGAGGAGAUGAUGAUAAACCAUUGAUCAACAAAGCUCUGCUUGCGCAAAACCAGGCUGAAGAAGGAAAAGAGCUAGUCAAUAAAGCCUUGUUGCUCCAGCUGGAAGAUGCUGAUGAGAGCACGGAGGUUAUAUCGAAAAAGUCGAAGAAAAAGAAGAGGAAGAAGUCGAAGCAGAAGAAUGCGCUGGCGGAAGAGGAUGAUGAACAAAGUAACUUUGAAAAUAAGUCGCCUGAAGCUCUUGACCAAAUGGAUGUGGACGAGGGAGAUUUCAAUCUGUUCCGCAGCAAGCCUGUUGAUACGAGUCCUAAGGAUAACACACCUACCGAUAUUGAGAAAGCUUAUGAGGGAGAUCCUGAGACAGAGCAGGCAUCAGAUGAUGAGAGAAAGGCAAGACAAGAAGCGAAGAAGCAUCUAAAAGCCCAAAGAAAGAAAGAGAAAAAAGACAAGAGAAGAGAAGAAAGAACGAAGAUGAAUGUCGACACGGAGGACUAA